ACUCGUUCCUACAAAAAACUAUAAAAGCAUCACAAGCCCUAUCCCCCAUGUCACACCAACCAGAAGAAUCUUUGCUAACCGAGCCUAAAAAUAAAUACACGCUAUUCCCUCUCACAAACCAGGAUGUAUGGCAGAUGUACAAACAGGCAUUAUCAUCAUUCUGGACAGUGGAAGAAGUUGAUCUAUCAAAGGAUAUUGAUGAUUGGAACCGGUUGAACGGAGAUGAGCGCCAUUUUAUAUCGUACGUGCUCGCAUUCUUUGCUGCAUCGGACGGUAUCGUGAACGAGAAUCUCUUGGAGAACUUCUCGCGCGAGGUGCAGCUCAAAGAGGCGCGCUGCUUUUACGGCUUUCAGAUUAUGAUCGAGAACGUGCACAGUGAAAUGUACUCGUUGCUGAUCGAUACGUACAUUAAGGAUCAGGAAGAGAAGGACUUUCUUUUCAAUGCGAUUGCCAACAUCAAUACGGUGAAGAGAAAGGCUGAGUGGUGCUUUAAAUGGAUAAAUGAUAAAGAUUCUGAUUUUGCAACACGUGUUAUUGCGUUUGCGUGUGUUGAGGGGCUGUUCUUUAGUGGAUCGUUCGCAUCUAUCUUCUGGCUGAAAAAACGCGGUCUUAUGCCCGGUCUUACAUUCUCUAACGAGUUGAUAUCACGUGACGAGGGCCUGCAUUAUCAAUUUGCUGUUCUUAUGAACAAAACGCUCAUCGGCCAAUGCCCAAAAGAAAAGGUAUUAGAGAUUGUGAAGGAGGCAGUGGAAAUUGAAGAAGAGUUUGUCUCUGACUCUUUGCCUGUGUCACUGAUCGGUAUGAACUGCAAGUUGAUGUGCCAGUACAUUGAAUUCGUUGCGGAUGGAAUACUUGUUGAUUUGGGCAUUGGACGUGUGUACAACGUAACGAAUCCGUUUGAUUUCAUGGAGAAUAUUUCGCUGUUUGGGAAGACGAAUUUCUUUGAGAAGAGGGUUGCUGAGUACCAGAAAGGAUACGUAGGAAUUGAAAAUGAACAGACUUUUAAGACGGACGAGGACUUUUAAGAACAGUAAAGGUUCCAUCUUAA